AUGGGUCAGGCACUGUCACUGCUGUUUGGAGAAGAGGCACCGCCUGUUGAGGUGGAUGGCCUUGCCGAGGACCCGGGGGGCGAGAUACCGGGCGUGGACAUCGCCGGCAGAGGAUGCUCCUGCACGUACCCGCCGGUCUUCAAGAGCACCUUGCAUGAGGGAGACAAGGCGUACUGGAACAAUUUGGACGACUACGCGGCGCAGACGCUGCUUGCAAAGAAGCCCGAUGGUGAGCAGGCUUUUGCGGAGGGCAUGAGGCGCUUCGAGAUUGCGAGGGAUCACAUGUCUGCCGCGCUGCACACAAUGCAAGACAAGUACACAGACCUGGCAAUCGCCAGACGGAACUUGGAGCAGACACAACAGGGAGCUGCCUGGGAACACUUCAGCAAGUGUCGGCCCCUCAGCAAGAAGUACGGCCUGUACCUACCCUGCCAUGAGAACUUCCGAGCUGCCAUGCAAAGAUAUCGUGGGCUGCUACAGAAGCCGGGAUGUCCCGUUGGUGCAUCGCUGCCGCUCCGCCCGGCUGCCAUGGUUCCGGAUGGCUUGGAGCCGUUUCUUGUGCUCACAGCUCCCCCACGACCCCCUGAGACAUCGAAAGGAUCUCAGUUUCUCUGA